ACCUCGUGGCUCUGGGAAUGAAAAGGACGUGGCUGGUAAUGAGGGUCCUCACUUGCAGCCCAUCUUCCACCAGCUCACCACCACGCAGCCUGAAGGCCAGGACCAGAAACCAGCAUGUCAGACCAGUCUGCGUUUGAUACAGACGUAUGGACCCUGACCCGGUUCAUCAUCGAGACGGGAAGGCAGGCCAAAGGGGCCACGGGUGAGCUGACCCAGCUCAUCACAGCCAUGCUGACCGCCAUCAAAGCCAUUUCCUCUGCUGUGCGCAAGGCAGGCCUGGCCCACCUGCAGGGCAUGGCGGGCUCGGUCAACGUGACGGGAGAUGACGUGAAGAAGCUGGACGUGCUGUCGAAUGACCUGGUCAUCAACAUGCUGCAGGCGUCCUACAGCACCUGCUGCAUGGUGUCUGAGGAGAACAAGGAGCUCAUCGUCACUCCCAAAGAUAAAAGGGGCAAGUACGUAAUCUGUUUUGACCCUCUGGACGGCUCCAGCAACAUCGACUGCUUGGCUUCUAUCGGCACCAUUUUCGCAAUCUACAAACGGCUAUCAGAGGGGGAGCCCACAGAUAAGGACGCCCUGCAGCAGGGCAAUAACAUUGUUUGCGCCGGUUAUGCCUUGUAUGGCAGCGCCACCCUGGUGGCUCUCAGCACCGGUGCUGGUCUCAACUUCUUCAUGCUGGACCCUGCCAUCUGUGAGUUCAUCCUGACCGAGAGAAACGUAAAGAUCAAACAGAAGGGAAAGAUCUACAGUGUGAAUGAGGGCUAUGCCAAAUAUUUUCACCCAUCCAUCAACGAAUACCUCAAACACAAGAAGUUCCCUGAGGAUGGCAGCUCUCCAUAUGGAGCCCGAUAUGUUGGCUCUAUGGUCUCAGAUAUUCACCGCACCAUCGCCUACGGAGGGAUCUUCAUGUAUCCCGCCAACGAGAAGAGCCCCAAAGGAAAGCUGAGGCUGCUGUACGAGUGCAACCCCAUCGCCUUCCUCAUCGAGCAGGCGGGCGGCCUCGCCACCACUGGCACUCAGAGGAUACUGGACGUCCAGCCAGAAGCGCUCCACCAGCGGGUGCCCUUCGUGGUGGGUUCUCCCGACGACGUCAACGAGUACCUGACGUUCGUCAAGAAGUUCCCGUGAAGCUGAAACUGCCUCAUGCAAACGUUUAAUGAAGGAUGUGAGAUUUUACACCAACAUGAGAAUAAUUACUUUUCCUCUCUAUGUAAGAACUAAUAAAUAUUAAGAGUAAAAAAUCCCUUAUAUAUAUUUUUUUAUUUUGUUAGACAAGCUGGUUGAGAUUAAAUCCCACUUCACAUUUUAUGAUAAAUUAAGAUGCAAUUAAGUAAAUUCUGCAAAUUAUAUUUGUUGACUUUAUCUGUUUGCCCAACAUGUAAUUCAUUGGAUAAGUAUUUUUAGCUGUUUUUUCCUUUAAAACAUGGUUGAAGUAAUAUGCAUUUUCAACUAACAUGAGGAACUGUGUGCUGUUUACUGCAGUUGUGUUUAAUGUAACGUGUGUGUAAGCAUGUAAUAUGUCAUGAAUGGACUGUAACUCGUUGCAGGAGUUCUUCCUCAAAUUCAGAUUGUAACAGUACAGAGGAUGAAAUAUAAACAGAAUAAACAUGUAAAUAAAGAUAUUUAC